GCCAUGAAAGACAAAGAAUAAUACGGGAAAAUGGCGACGUAUCUCUGGAGAAAAUAACGAGACUUUUUUGAGCACCUAGGAUUUGACAGCAAUGGCGGAGUUACUGUGUACACAUUCACAUCUUCCAUUACCCAUAGGGAUUAGCGAUGGUCGUAACAACAGUCGCAAAUCUUCGUCAUCUGACAACGAUUCAUCGUCGAAAGUUAUCAACAGAUUCGAGAAUUGUCAAUUUGCAAAUAUUUCUGAACGGAAAGCUGUUAAUAUUGAGUUCACAGACUUGGUGUACAGCGUGAAACAAGGAAGACACAAAGAUGAGAAAGUGAUAUUGAAGAAUGUGUCUGGAGAGUUCAACGCUGGGAACUUGACGGCCAUCAUGGGUCCUUCUGGAGCUGGUAAAUCAUCAUUGAUGAACAUACUAGCGGGAUACAGGACAAAGAACAUCACAGGCCCGAUCCUGGUAAAUGGUUACGACCGAGACCUGCGUCGGUUCCGUAAGAACUCCUGUUACAUCAUGCAGGAUGACCACCUUCUGCCCCAUCUUAGUGUGGAGGAGGCCAUGAUGUGCUCUGCUCACCUUAAACUUGCUGAGAAAAUGUCACUUCGGGAAAAAGAGGGACUGGUUGACGAGAUUCUGGAGGCGUUGGGUCUGAUGGCAACAAAGAAGACACGGACAAUCAAAUUAUCAGGUGGUCAGCGGAAACGUUUGUCCAUCGCAUUGGAACUGGUCAACAAUCCUCCGAUCAUGUUUUUCGAUGAGCCCACCAGUGGCCUAGACAGUGCCUCGUGUUUUCAGUGCGUGUCCGUACUGAAGGCCCUGGCAGGCGGGGGGCGCACCAUCGUAUGUACCAUACAUCAACCCAGCGCCAAACUGUUUGAAAUGUUUGAUUAUCUGUACAUGCUAGGGGAAGGUAACUGUAUAUACAGAGGAACAAUAAAGAAUGUCAUUCCAUACUUCCACGCACAGGGCUGUGUCUGUCCUCCCUACCACAACCCAGCAGACUUUGUGAUGGAAAUUGCUGCAGGAGAAUGUGGAGAUGAUAAGGUGGUACAACUAAUCAUGGCUGUAAAAAAUGGGAAAUGUGAGGAGCUGGCUCUCCAGGACAAGGUCAAGGCCAUAAAGGAAGGGCUGGAGGAGGGUUCAGAGGUCAAGGCCGUCAGUAAUGGUGUUGCCAAUGGUAUGGCAUCAAAAAAUGUUGAUGAUGAAGAUCUCGGUAUGAAUAACCUUGAUGAAAAACACAACCUGAUGAAAUGCAAUGGAACGACCAAUGGCCAUGUGCCUAACAUGUCUGUCAACAAAUUACAGAACGGUGGCGCCAAACAAUAUUCACAGGACGGAGAUGGCAAGGAAAUCCUGACGUUCGCCACCAGCAGUUUCACACAAUUCCGUAUCCUCUUCCUUAGAACAUUCACAUCAAUCAUGAGAGAUACAGUGAUCCCGUUGGAGAUGGCGGUGUUUGUGCGGGAACAUUUAAACUACUGGUACAGUGUCAAGGCCUACUACCUGGCUAAAACUAUGGCUGAUUUGCCAUUCCAGAUAAUUUUCCCACUUGUGUAUGGUAGUAUAGUAUACUGGAUGACAUCACAACCAAAUGACUUCACGCGGUUUGUGAUGUUCCUGACGUUAGCCACACAGACCUCACUUGUUGCCCAGUCUCUAGGCCUACUGAUAGGGGCGGCAACAUCUUUACAGGUGGCUGUAUUCCUGGGACCAGUGACAGCGAUACCUGUCCUGCUAUUUAGCGGUUUCUUCGUUAACUUUGAGACCAUACCAGCGUAUCUGCAGUGGUUGUCCUAUAUAUCUUAUAUAGGGUAUUCAUUUGAGGGUGUGCUACAGGCUAUUUAUGGUAAUGGCCGGGAGUCGCUGGACUGUGACAAACAGAUAUGUAUGUUUAACAAGCCAGAUAUGAUCCUGAAGGAGAUGGACGUGGAGGGAGCUAGCUUCUACGUGGACUUCAUUGUGCUGUGUGUUUUCUUCGUCAUCCUCCGUGUGGGCUGCUACUUCGUACUGAGAUGGAGAGUCAAGGCCCAGAGAUAAACAUCUAGUCGUAUCAGAGGAAAUCCUCACCUCUGUUCCGUAACAUCAAAAGGAAAGUUUUAUUUUCCUUUUUUCUUCUGCAAAUUAAAUUACAUUUAACAAAGUGGGAAAAGGUUUUAUGUAUACUCAAGACAGAUCUUGACAAGUUAACAAUUAAACAAGAGUCCAUUCUUGCCAUUUGUCAUUUGAGAAAUGAAAAUUAUCAAUGGAAGCAAGAGAAAUAAUUGAACAAAGCUGUAACACAGUUAGUACAAGAGAAUUGUGAUUAAUGUAUACUAUUUCAGUUAAUACAUGUUUACAACUCGAUCCACUUUAUAUAAGGUUGUCUUUGUCUCCCACAACUGUUAUAGGUUUCCUCACCCCCAAUUCAGUGGAUAAACCUGCUAGGUGUUGGUAAACAUAUUCAGUAACCCACUAGUGGGUAACACCCUGGAUAUUAUUUCAUUGGUCAAUCUUCUAAUUGUGACAUCGAAUAACAAUGCUUUGUUACAUCAUCUUCUUCCAUUGUGACAUCACAGUUCAUGGAAAUUGUUUCCCCAAUCGGAAACAGGAAUAAUGUUAUCUCAUGAGAAACCUAUGGUUUCCUAGAUAUUAUAUCCGAGUGUUGAGGGAGGAAAAAGUCCCCAAACUCAUGAUGGUUGAUUUAAUAUGAUAACCAACCAACAGUCAUUAGGGAACCUAUAUAUAUACACCAUUGAACACAUGUGUGAAAUAUGAAAAGAAUUGCAGCAGUUUUAAGAUAAAUUACAUUUAAGAUAAAUAGAUUUAUGUCACAGAAAAACAGAAAUAUCAGAAGUACCCAUGACAAUUUACCAAAAUUUUGUAAAUGAACUAUUCCAGAAAAAUAUUGAUUUAUUUUUGUGACUACCAACACCAACAAUAUUUUCCUUGGGACCACUGUACAAAUGUAAAUUAUAUUGAUCCCACCUCCCAUGUGUCAUCAAAUACAAGUACCACCCACAUACUAUCUAGAAUGAGACCUCUCAACAAGAUAAUAUGGACCAAAUGUUGUUUGAAAUAAUCAGAUUGUUUAGCUAAACGGGUAAAACUUACAUUCACGUUCUAUAGUGGGACCAAAUAGAUGGUUUGAUCACGUUUUUAAGUUGUUUCUAACUGGAACUGAUUUUCUGGGGAUUUCAUUUUAUUUAUUUUUUUUAUUUUUUCAAAUCUUCGGAAAAAAAAUACAUAUUGAAAUCUUUAAUAGGAAAAAAAAAUACAUAUUGAAAUCUUUAAUAGGAAAAGGGGUGAAUUUUGGCACCAAUUAUACUGCCCAACCCCCUUAACCAAAAAUAAAAGGCUGAACACAUUGCAGUAUUUUAAAUCCCUACCAUCUUUGUACUGAUUUCUGAUUUCCCAAUAACUCAUUCACCACUGAAGACACAUUUGAACCCUUUCAAUUCAUAGGUUGGAAUAGUUCAUUGUGAAAUAUUGCUACAAUAAUUGUAAUUCUGAUACAGGAGGAACAAUCUCAUUAAAAUUAUAUCUUCACAUCGCUCCCGUUUACUGAUGAUCUAACAACAUCCCGUAGAGGGUCAUGUUCA